AUGAAGAAUGAUGCUUACAAUCACGAAACUAUGAACCACAAUGUUGAUGAAGUUGAAACAAUACCGAACGAGCAUACUGAUGAUGAUCAAUUACUCUCAACAUUGAUUUCAAUGUUUCCAAAUAAACCCAUCGAAAUUUUGAGGAAUUCUUUAAAAAGUGCAGAUAAUGAUAUAGAAUUAGCCAUCUCCAUCCUCUUAAGCGGGAAUAAUGCUAAUGCUAGUGCUAGUGCUAGUGCUAGUGCUAAUGCUAAUGCUAAUGCUAAAGAUAAUACCAAGUCGAUAUCUGAAGGUGAACAGAAAUUACAAACGUAUUUGGAUAUGUUUCCUACAAUUGCUAAAUCUUUCAUAAAAUCUGCCUAUAAAAGAUAUCAUAAUUCUAAACCUCACAUAAGUGAUGAUGAAUUGAUUACUGAAUUAUUGAAUUUCGAAUUAUUAUCAUCAGAAGAUGCAAAGGCACAAAAAAUUAUACAAAAUCAAAUAAAAUUGAAGAAGAAUGAUACUACUAUGAACAUGAAAAUUGGGAAAAAAAAUCCUUGGAAUUCUGUAUCGGAUAAUAUACAAACAAUUAUACAGUUUACCAUGGUCUCAAGGGAUGUGGCAAGUAGAUACCUUUUCCACAAUCAAAUGAAUCCUGUCUUGGCCAUCAUAGAUAUUAUAUUCAAUUAUACUAAUACUACUAUAGAAAAAAAUCAAAACUUACAUCAAAAGGUGGAAGGAAAAGAAGCUCCUGCUACCAUUUCAAGCACGUUUAUUAGAAAUAAGGCCAAUUAUGGUCGUGUUCAGUCGAAUAAUGGGUUUGCUCAUUUAUCUACUAAGACGCAACAACAAAGGUCAAAAUCAAAUUCUUCUCGAACGAUACCGGAAAAAAAGAUUAGCAACGAGGAGGUUAUAUUAUCGACAUUCGUGCCUUCACAAGAAACGGGAAAACCAUUUAGAUAUUCUGCAAAUGAUCCAAAUGUAAUUGAAUUAAAUUCAAUAAUUAAUGAUGAUUCGAAUUUACCAUUAAAAUCAAUAAAUCCACUAUUCUAUAAAAACUGCCUACGAUUUUUCAACGGUGACAUCAAUAAAAUCAUACCGCUAGCUUUAUUCAUAAUUAAAGAUAAUUUAGCUAACGCUACUUUCAUUCAUAACCUAGGAACAAAAGAAAAUAACGUCAAUCCUAAUGAUGAUACCUCUAACUAUAAAUUCAUUGAAGUGACCUCUUCUUCUUCGAAAAGGAAAGCAACGAAAAAACAUAAAUCGACAUCAAGAUCAAAUAGUGCUGACAAUCUUUCAAUAUCAACGCCUCUGCAGCAGCCCAACAACUUCAAAGACUACCAAAGGGAAGGUCUUCAAAUGAUUUCCAACUUAUUCGAAACAUAUACUUUGGAUUUCCAUGGGUUUCAAUCAUCAGAUGCAAUAAAUAUAUUAAAAUUAGGUUUGAAUAAAUGGUGGAGCAAAGAAUUACUGGAAAGGGAAAUUAACUCCAAGAAAUAUUCAAUUACCAAAUCAAAUAAAGUGAUUUAUUUGAAACCCUUGACUUUGAUAACAGGGAGAGGGCUACAUAGUGUUGGUGGGGUACCAAGAAUUAAAAUUCAAGUGAAGAAAUAUUUGAAUCAAAAUAAUUUUGUUUAUUGGGAAGAGCCUUCAUUCUUUAUAGUUGAGGGGAAAAGGCAGAAAUAG